AAAGAAAAAAAAGAGUGUAAAAACUCGGCCUAUAAAAUUUGAGAGAGAGCUAAACCCUAAACUUGUAUUUAACUUCAUUUACUUCUUACAACUGUUCCCACCGGCUCCAUUUGCCUUUAUAAAGCCCGUCUUCCAACACACUGAGAGAUACACCAAGAAAGAACAACAACAACAAAAUAAGAAAAGAGAAGAAAAAUGGCGAGGUGGUUUGUUAGUAUUAUGCUAGUGCUCGCAGUGGUGCACGCUAGUGCAAGAAAUGUGCCUACUACAACAACAACAACUACUACUACUACUACUACUACCAAGAAUAAGCCAAGUGAUGCUGGUCUUAAUGACCAAAAGAACUUCAUCUCUUAUGGUGGUGUUGGUGGCUACGCUGGUCUUGGUGGCAAUGGGCUUCCAUUCGGUGGCGUUGGUGGACUCGGUGGAGUUACUGGCCUAGGUGGUACUGGUGGUAUUGGUGGUUAUGGCGGUGUUGGUGGUGGGCCUGGAGGCUUGGGAGGUGGUGUUGGUGGUCUCGGUGGACUUGGUGGCGGUGCUGGAGGCGGUGUUGGUGGUGGUGUUGGUGGCGGUGUUGGUGGCGGUGUUGGUGGGGGUGCUGCUGGUGGACUUGGUGGUACUGUUGGUGGUGGAAGUGGGGUCCUUCCUUACCCUUGAAAGAAUGUCCUGUACAUUCAUAUUCCUGCUGCAUCUGUAGUGUGGAAGAGUAGUUUAUGCAUGGCAAUUAUGUUAGUUGUUUGAGAGUUUAUGCUCUUUGUUUGAUAUAAGUAUGUUUUCGUUUGUGUUUCAGGAUUUUAAUUGCUCUUCGUUUGUCUUAAGUUAAUUACUUUUUCAUUAUUACGUCUAAUUAAUGAAUAGUUCUUCUCUUUUCCUUUU